GAUUCUCGAGACCGACUUUUCAAACACUUUUUCGGCACCGGUAGAGCUUUCGUUCGUCGGUGCCGGGAGCUCUCUCCUCCUCGUCGAUCUCCUCUCAAAGGUUUUAUUUUCUGGUUAUCUGCAUUCUCUUGUUUCCUUCUGUUUCGGCUCUCUUCCCUCCCCUUUUAUCCAAAAAGCUUUAUGACCGCAUUACCUUCGAGCUUGCUCUUAUUUGGUACUAGUUCUCCUCUUAACCUUUUCGCGAUUCUCGUGGAUGAUCCCUCUUCUCGGCUCUCCUUGAAGUCAAGAUCAGCAUCUCCUUGUUCCUCGAUGGAUGGGAGCUCUGCCUCGACGCCGGAGCUGUGGAAGCAUCAAACCAUGGGCGAAUCAACUUCUGCAGACCGAGCUUCAUCAUCCGCAUCUUUUGAUUGGGUAGAUCUUGUCUUAGAAGCCCCCAAAUCGGUUGCGGGACAGCCCAAAUCCGUUCUGCCGCCGCCGCUUUUGGUGAGGAUGAGAAGAAGAACCUGGGUAAACCUAAUGGUGCCUCGUUUUGGGCCUAGCCCAAGUCCCUUUUGUCCUCCUUCCAGCCCAUUACCCAAACUUUCGAAGCCCAUGAAGACUUCCGCUGGGUUAAGCCCAUGUCUUCUAAGGCCCAGGUCUGAUUUUAAUUCUGUUUUACAAAGCCCAAAUUUUCUGAAGUUGUUAUCGUUUAGGGAGAGUAAUGAACGCUUUCCUGUGAUGGUGAUGAUGGAUUUAGCUUGGAUUAGUAGUUCUCUUUCCCAAAACCUGGUCGAUAGUUUAUCUCGUUUGGUCCGUUUGCUUCAUCGUUUGAGUCUGGUCUUGAUUCGUUUGGAGUUAAUUUCUCUUUGGAAGUGUCCUAGAGUGUUGCUUCCCGUGCCAAGUAUUAUUAAUUUCCUAUCAAGUUCCCUCCCUUUAGCACCCUCUAACUCUGUCUUGGCUGGUAAUGGACGCCACGCUAACAGAGUAAUGGUUUGUUUGGGCUGGCUUGAUAGUUACCUUUGUCGAGAUCAGAUGCUAAGUUUACUUUGGACUCUAUCCAAGACUCUCUUACCCAACCAUAGGCAAUUGGCCUUUAGAGUUAAGAAGACCGGCAUUAUGACCCUGUCUCUACGGAGUAGGUGUUACCGAAGCUUUUUCAACUCUCUACCUACCCAUUCACCAAUUAUCGAGUUCAGUCAUGUGUUAAUCUAUUGCUUGGAUAAUUUGCAAUCUUCUGGUAGGUUGGAAAAGUACGGCAUUAUGACCAUGUCUUCAAGAGGUGGUUACCGUCUCUUUUUCAACCUCGUUAACCCGUCAGCCUCCUCCGCGGAGCACUUUUCCAAAAGCUCGGAUGCAUUCUCGUUUGCGUUAUUCGCGCGAGCCGUCUAUGACCAUCCGUUGGUCGAGGAUUUCGUGAAGCCCGUCUUCAUGGUCGAAUCCGCUAUGGCCUCAAAAGAUUCUUCAAACUUUGCAAACUUUUUUAAGAUGAGCAUCAUUUUGGAAAACUCAUGGAGCCUUUAUCUUUAUUCCUAUUGCAUUUUCUUAGCUACACCUUGUAUGAACUUCCCUCUUUUGAGGUUUUAAGUGAA